UCAACUGUCAAGUGUCAAUCGUUGUCAAAUCAAAAUGUUGAACAGCUGAAGUCAGAAAUACGGAAAAGUUAUUUUUAUUCUGAAAAUCUGACUGUUUUUCAGUGUAAUUAUUUAAUACAAUACCAAAAUGUGUAGUCUUUCUUCUCGUCUAUUAAAGUUUCCAGCGGAGUUUGCUGCAAUACGCAAAGUUACUUGCAUACCAACAUCAAGAGUUCUGGCAGUAACAGCAAAUCAUACAUUUGAUUUACAGAGAAAAUAUUAUUAUACCGAUAGGGAUUAUGAGCAGCACGGGAGUAAAUAUUCGUACAAACGCUUUUGCUUAUCUGUAUUAUUCGGUGCAGCAGCCUAUGUCUCGUACAAGUACUGGACACAAAACCAUUUAUUACCAUCAAUAAAUGCUGCGGAGGAAAUAUCUGAGAGUGAUUCUGACAGUGAAGUUGACACUAAGAAGAAAAGAUAUAGGAAAGAAAAAAUCGGUUUUCGUGACAGAAAGAUUAUUGAGUAUGAAAACCGUAUGCGCCAGUACUCAACUCCAGACAAAGUGUUCCGAUACUUUGCCACGCUUCAAGCUCAGCAUCAUGACCAGCAUGAGAUAUUCAUGACACCGGAUGACUUCCUGCGCUCCAUGACACCUGGUGUCAAGCAACCAGAUGGUUUGGGACUGGAUCAAUAUAGAAGAUAUGACCCCAAAAGCAUCAGUCAACGUCUCAACCUCGACUUGGACGAAGAUUCGAUUUUCUAUAAACUCGGCUCUUCCGGACUUAUUACCUUCAGUGACUACAUAUUUCUUCUGACUGUAUUGUCAACAUCUCGCCGCCAUUUUGAAAUAGCAUUCCGUAUGUUUGAUUUGAACGGAGACGGUGACGUGGACUGUGAAGAGUUUGAGAAAGUCGCGGCUCUCAUUCGACAGCAGAGUAGCAUUGGAUCAAGGCAUCGAGAUCAUGCGAACACUGGCAAUACUUUCAAGGGCAUAAACUCUGCUUUGACGACAUAUUUCUUCGGGCCUCAUCUUAACCAAAAGCUCACUAUCGAAAAGUUCUUAGACUUCCAACAUCAACUACAAAGGGAAAUAUUGUCCCUCGAGUUCCAAAGAAAACAACCUGAUGAAAAUGGUCGUAUAACUGAGGCAGACUUUGCGGAACUUCUAUUGGCCUACGCUGGCUACCCGGCUAAGAAGAAGGCGCGUAUGUUGAAACGUGUCAAAAAGACUUUCCGAGACCAUGGCGUCGGUAUAACCAAGGACGAUUAUCUGAAGUUCUUCCACUUCUUGAACAACAUCAAUGAUGUAGACACAGCGCUCACGUUCUAUCACAUAGCGGGCGCGUCCAUAGACCAGCCAACUCUACGUCACGUCGCAAGGACUGUCGCACAUGUGGACCUGGACCCUCAUGUCAUCAAUGUCGUCUUCACUAUAUUUGACGAAAAUAUGGACGGUCAGCUCAGCAACAGGGAAUUCGUCGCAGUCAUGAAGAACAGAUUACUUCGUGGUUUAGAGAAGCCGAAGGACACAGGUUUCGUGAAAUUAAUGUAUUCCCUUAUCAAAUGUGCGAGGGACACCAAACCGGCGAUACUUGAUUUUUAAAGGUAUUCUUAAACAAUCCUUCUGCUAAAAUACUUUGUUCACGGAGGGGAUCGACGGCUAAGAAGAAAUCUAUGAUUGUGCCUAAAGUAUGUCGUGAAAUGUACUUGAGUAAUAGGAUUUUACUUUUUAAAUUGCUGUUUUUGCCUUUAAAUAGCAGUCAAAAACGGCAGGUUACUGAUAAAAUCUCGGACGGUUUCGUGCGUGGCGAAACUUUCGUGUGUUAUACCAAAGUACGCUUGUUUCUAAAUUAAAUCAUGUACAUAUUAAAAAAACUUAGGGUCAGAUUACACUAAAGUUACUCGCGCAGUUGUUUUUGUUUUAGCGCAAGGAAGAAGUGCGCCAAAUUGCGUGACCAUUGUUAAAAAUUACGUCAAAUGUAAUUUUGCGAUUAACUAGGGGAGAUGAAACAAUAGAAACUUAUUGAUACUCGACUGUUAGUAAAGGUCUAUACACUACAUAGACUUUAAUUAGUAAAUAUUUUCUUAUAUCGACACGAGAAAAUACAAGUAUAUUUUCAUUAUCUAACAGAUGGUCUACGUACAUUCUUCUGUAAUCUUCCCUAUUGUAAUAUACUGUUACUGUUUGCCAUUUUUAUAAUGAUCGUACAUAAAAUUUAAUACGCCUGCACUGUUUAUAAAAUUAAUUAAAAAGCUUCCCGCACUAAAUAAUAAUACCUUAUAAUACACAUUACUUAGGUAAAUACCAGUUCAUAAAACCUUUUUUUUUUUUCAAAAACAUAAAUGAAGUUCCUGAUUAAAAUUGCGCCUUUGUCAAAUUGUUUGUGCAAUUAUUGCGCUAAUCAAAGUUUUGUGCUUGUUAUUUUCUUAUGUAAAAUGCGCAUAUUGUCCUCUUAUUAACCCAAUGAUCUGUAUUUAUAUUUAAUGAAUCGAGUAAUUUAUUUGUCAUGGUUUUAAUUAAAAUUAAAAUUUAAUUGUUUAAGCUCUCUAUUCUGGUCAUAUUAGUUAGGCACAUAUUAUAAGUUAUCGAUUUUAUGAAUAAGUAAGUGACUUGACUGAACUUUAGUUAAAAUAACAACGUUUGACUUUUAUAAUUUUCAAAUACCUAUUUUGUUAGUGAAAUUAGUUGGCUAUGUAAAAUACUAUUACAUUACAUCAUUGUAAAAUAAUUGUUUGUAAAAAUAGCAUAAUUAUGUAUAUUUAUUAAAGUCCUAAAUAGAUAUAUUUUAGUUGUAUCAAGUCUUAGAGUUUAUAAUAUUGUUAUGGAGUAUCUUAUAUGUAUUGUUUAUCAAACAAAUAAUUGUUUAAUGAAUACCGAAAUAUUAUUCAUUUUGUAUUUACUUUUAAACUAUGUAUUUUACGCUUUUAACUUUACAAGUACACAGCAUAGUUCAUAUCUCAUCAAGCCAUGCUUUUAUAUUGUACUAACUUGAUAAGAAUAAUAUAAUUAUUGCUUAAUUACUUCAUUAUCAUAAUAAAUGGAAAGUUGUAUACGUAAGUCGCAAACUACGCGUUUUAUCUUAGUUCUAAUUUACUUUAAAACACAAGAAUCACAACGAUUAAGGAAUACAAUGAUUAUUGUUAUAUGAUUACUAAGAAUAAAUCAGUUUUUUGCCA